GAAGAGACUCAAGUGGCCCAGUGGACGCGACUGCUCAAUUUGCUCUUUGUGAUAGCGGCAUCUAGUGGUUAAAGUAAGAUUAACACUCAGAAGAAAUGCAGAGACAUCAAAUUAUGGCUUCAAACAUGGAUAAAAUAUUAUUAAUUCGAAUGGCCUUAUCGAUAAUCUGCGGCAUCAACAUUACCUGGGGGUGUGAUGGUAACUAUAGAGACUCUGUGUAACAUUGUGUAACCUUUCCAUCAUAUGCUUUUCUCCAUGAAGAUGUUUUUGCUUUGUCUGGAAUAUUUCACUGUAUGGUAUUCAACUUUUCUUCUUUGAUGAAGGCUGUACCAGACUAAGUUACAGGUCCGAUUUGUGGAGAAGCAACCCUGCUCACAGUCAGAAUGCCUGUUUUUUGAGCAAUAAAACCACCUGUAAUUAAAUAAAUAAACACUACAGCUGUUUAAUGUCAAACUAUGGAACAUUCCAGGCAGAGCAGUGACAAAUCCAUAGAGACAAACAGGUGAAGGACCCCCAUCCAAAAAGUUACAUGGUGCACCUUUAACACAAUCUGGACAGAAAGACUUGACUUAGUUGGGACUACAGACAGGCAAGAUUAUUUGUACUGUUUAUAUUGAUUACAGCCACAAGCUAGAUAGAAUUAGUUCAAUUAGAAACUCUCAUCUUUUUGUUGAAAAUGAAAUACCUAAACCAUGAACACUCAUAUUGAUCACAGGCUCCUGAAAAUGUGUUGUUUAAAUCCAUUUUGGAGUUUUCAGACUAUCUUAAAUCUGUGUGGCUGUGUUUGCUGAUGUGGGCAUUGUAUCACCAUGGUAAAUGAUGCAUAUUCCACCAUAAAGAUACAUGUAGAACACACCCCCACUGCAAAGUAUCAAUUAGCAGUAAAUUCUUCAUGAUUCUAACUUUUUUACAGGCCAAUACAAAGUACACGAUUUUAUUCUGUUGUUUGAUAAAGAGAAAAUACAACAACACUAUUUAAUUUUUGUAAUGCUAUGAAGUUCAGUAUAUAAAUAGCCUAGAUUUCUCAACAAAUGAGAACUACAUACAUCAGCAGAGUCCUAUGAACAAAGACAGAUUUUUAUCAAAGAAACCCACAUACUGUUCCAAGUCAUGUAACCUUCAAAGUGUUUACAGAGCUACUGAUCUUGAGGGCGAUAAAACUGGGGACAUUUAGUUUUGAGAAACAGAUGAGUAAACAGACCUCAUUUAACGUAAAAUCAUCACUUUGACUGAAACAAAUAAUUUACCAUAAUCUAAAAUUUUGGCUGUAGACAAUAACAAUGAGCGUGAACUGUCAGUUGAGAAUCCUAAAUCAAAACAUGUUUGUCUGAGGUGACCACGUUGAAUAAGUCAAUAUUCAAUAUACUGAUGCAGAACCUUAAAAACAUAUAUAAAGUUGUUAACUGAACCGAGGCGUGAACUUCCUGUGUUUACAUUUUAGCUCUGAAGAGGAACAAGCCCUAGAAAGAACAUUCACUGCUUUUUGCCUGUUUGAAACUUUUAACAAUAAAUGAAAGCUCAGCAUGGGGUCAAAAGUAGCCUAAUAUAUUAUAAUGACAAAAAACAAAUAUGGUUAUUGGAGUAUGGGUUAUAUUCAUUUGCUAAUCUUGAGAAGUUUUACCCUACAAUUCCCUUUAACCUUUGAACAGGAAGAGGCAAUAUGCAGCCAAAACAUUCACAUUACAAUAUCUAAGAAAGGCACACAGAUCGUACAGGGUAGUCUGUCUUAUGUAAAUCCUGUAUAUGGAACAGUUUUAUACAGAAAAAUAAAGUGGUAGUUCUCUUGGUGUAGUUCUCAGUAGUAGUUUUCUUCUGAACACUGUUUAUGCAAAUGAGUUUAUUUCCAGUAAUUCUUAGACAUGAAAAAGUGACUAUGCCUGAAACUCAGACUGAAACAGUAAACGGUAUAAUGCAAAAUGAAAGGUUUGUUUUUAAUGUAAAUAAAUUCUUUGACAGCAAAUUAGAAGAGGCAAAUCUUUAAUAUGUAUACAUUUUAUUUCCGACUGAUAGGAUGAUUCAGACUAGAUUACACAGAUUAAGGAAAUAGAAAUGAUCAAUAUAAGCUAUUUUUAAUGAUAUUUCUUCAGUUCCUAGACCCACUGAGGUAUUAUAGAAGUCUCCACCCCUUCAGCGACUUUAAGUGCCUGGUGUGUUUCCUCUCAUGUCACAGUGAUAGGGUGAAGGAACAUGUGUACAGUAAAGAGGUGCGGGUAGAAGCCACAGAUACCUAAACAGCAUCCAAAAGAUAUUAGAGUCUUAUGCAGCAUGGUGAACCGUGGAUCACUGCGGAGUUUCACCCUUUUAAACUUCCUAACUUUGUUCAUUGUAGUAAAUUGUAACACUUCCUGUCCAAAUUAUCAUCACUGUGAGUUUCAUCCAGGUAAUGAAACUAACUCUGAACCAUUGAAUUAUAGGUGGGGAUCGCAUAGUAAAAAGGAAUGGAGAUGUGAGCAGCAACCUGGAACUGGUACAUCCAAAAAGACCUACACACUCAUCAUACAACAGGAAACUUACUGCACACGCCUUGGGCAAAAUGAAAAAAUUCAAAUAUUUGAAAAUAAGAACAUGACUGCCAUGGCUGUAGAAAAUCCAGAGUCACAAAACUGUACAAAGGUCAUUUUCAAGGGAACACCAAAAAAUCUAUUUCGAUGUGGUCCACCAGUGGUGGCUUCUUUUUAUCGCCAUUCUGGGAUCCUUGAUGUUAAAGUUGGCUGGCUAAAGCAUGACAAUAAAUUAAUUCAGGGUUACACAGUGAGAUAUAGACCAAUGGGAGAAUUGUCAUGGGAAAUAUCAGAUGGAAAGGGCAGCAGAGAAAUCAGAUUAAAUUCAAAUUGGACUUAUGUGGUGGAGAUAAAGUGCAUCAGCAACAGCAAAUGCUCACAGUGCCCUUGGAGUGCACCAUACAUUAUACCUCCAGAACUGAAAAUGCAGCCAAUUCUCACUGGUCUUAAAGAAAUGGAGCACCCAGUUGCAAAAGGCAGUUGUUUGGUCUCUCUCACUUGGAAGACUGUUGAAAUAGAAAGGCCAGAUGGGUAUUUUGUAAGCAUUCACAAAGCCUCUGGAGAGCCGCCAAGUGAGCAUUUUAACACCACUGAUACAGAGAUAAGGCUUCAUCUGUCCUGUUCAGUGUACACCGUUAAUAUUAGUGGCUUCAACAAUGUUAGUGUCUCCCCAGCCCUCAGCCAAACAAUAAAGAGUUGUGAUAGUAUACCACGUAUGGACACUGAGAGAUUAAAUGUUACAGUUCAUAGCAAUAUCUCUUUUACCGUGCAUUGGGAGCCUCAACUCUUGAAUAACUAUGUCUGCUACUCUGUGGAGUGGAAUCAGAAGAACCAACAUAGAGCUGCAUAUUUAUCAUUUUUUGAGAACACAUGGAGUAAUUGGACACUUAAUUUCACAGAGCCAUUGGAGCCUUACAAGAGGUACUCUCUGUCUCUACACACACGACCGAAUAGAGAGACGUGCAACCUAAAACACAUCAACAGCAGCGAGAGCACUUUUGGGAGCAAGUAUUUCUAUUAUAUGGAAGGAUCACCCAUCAGCGCCCCAACAAAUAUCAGCUGUUACAAUGUGACAUCCAGUUCAGUGGUGCUGCAGUGGUCACAGAUCCCAGAAGAGGAUCUAAGGGGCUUUCUACUGGGCUACAACAUUUACUACAAAGAAUACAACAACAGGAAUACACGCACAGCAGAGAAAGUUGUGAGUGUAGAUGCAGAUUUGACCAGCUAUGUAAUUGAAGAACUGAAAUCUGGCACGAGAUACCAAGUUAAUAUUUCAGGUGUCACUCAGGCUGGAAAAGGAGUAAGAAGCAUCACAUGCUUCUUUAAAACAUAUAAACCAGUUUAUAUGAAAGACAAUGUAAUUAUAGUUGUCUUUGUUACUACAAUUGUACUGCUGAUUGUGGCAUGUCCAGCAUUAAAAAGAAGUAAAGCAAUCCUUUGGCCAAGCAUACCAAACCCUGAGAACAGCAAUGCUAUACAAAAAAUAGAGAAGUCUUGCGAGAUUGAACUUCUGGACUCACUUCAAACUUUGAAAGUGGAAGAGUGGCAUACAAACAGCUUACAAAUUAUUGAAGAAAGUGCUCUCCGUGUUUCAUUGCUAAAUCUGUUUGCUGUCGAGACCAAAGAAGACUCUGGUUUGAUGGCACCUGAGCAGAUCCAAGAGGACCCAAUCAAAGACAUAAUUUUGGAUCAACCUGCUAACUUAGAAAUGACUGGACUUCCAAAUACUCAGACUGCCUUCACUUGUGGAUAUACUACUUUGGAAAUUUUUCAGCAAACAGUGAAAUUUCAGUGCAGCCCAACCAGUAGCCAAGAGGCCAGAGAUGAAUUGCAUAACAUGUCUGAAAUCAAACCAGUCCUAGACUAUGUUGGACAGUUCUGCUCGAGCCCGACUUUUGACUUGUGCACAAGACUAUGAAAGAGACUGUGAAAAUUUACUAUGAUUCACAUUAAUAUUCAUAUUUUAUCAUUGUUUGGCUUAGACCUACAUAAAACUACAAGUGAUCUAGAUGAUAUUUGAUAAUGACCUAUGCUUUGUUUAACAGAUAAUGAUUACUGGUGUCUUGAAAAUUAUAUUAGCCAUAUUUUGUAAUUUAAAAUAGUUAAAAUAUUUAUCUAUUUAGUUCACACAUCACAAUAACAUUAUCAAAACAUUUUUUGAGUUGUCAUUUUUAUUUGCAUGUACAGACUAGUCUAGGACAGGUACUUAAUGCAUCUCUGUCCUGAACUGUAACUUUCUGUUGUCUUACUAAGAACAGUGUAUUGUUAUAUUAUAUAGUCAUAAAAAUACUAACAUUUUA